ACAGCUUAGGAGCUGGAGCCGUAGUUGAGUUGGUGAAGAGCUCGGGGUCGUCAUGAAGCAACGGAAAGCUCAGGAACCUGGGGGCGGCCGUAGCCGCAAGAAGAGAGGUUUAAGUGACAUUUCUCCAUCUACAAGCUUGCCACCCUUGGUUGAAGGCCAGCUACGCUGCUUUCUGAAACUUUCUGUUAACAAAGUCAUAUGGAAGAUUGCAAAGCCUCCUGCUUGUGUACUUGUCCGGGUGAGAUGGUGGGGAGAAACAUCGGAAGGAACCCUCUUUUGUCCCAGAGAUGCAUUGCAGACUGAACCAAAAGCUGUGAGAACAACUACACGUUAUGCUAUUCGCUGUGGUCCAAAGCAGUUUACCUCUUACCUAACAGAUAUGGCUGUGCUGGUGCUGGAAGUAAUCACCAAACUUGAACAUCUUCCAGUUGGUAGAGUUCAGAUCAGUGGACUAGCCCAGCUUUCUCCAACCCAUCACAUCGAUGGAUUUUUUACCAUUGUUUCACCAACAUCUAAGAAACUUGGAGAACUCCAGGUCUCACUUGCCCUGGAGCCUUUGUCAGAAACUUAUGACAGCUAUAAUCCUCUUCCUACCACAGAAAACGUGCUUUUAUCUGAGCAGGGAUUCAGAGAAUAUUCUGAAGCAAGCAAUACUCAAUUUCUGGUUCCAUCAAGGAUCCCUACUACCAAAAUUGAUGGAAAAGAUUUAGCAGCUAAUAGCAGUAGGUCAACCCCGCCAAGGGGGAAAGACCACUUGUACUUUGCAGAGAACUCUGAUACAAUAAAGGACUCUUUCUGUGGACUCCAGCACCAUCUUAAUUCAGGACAGAGUUUAGAGUCUGUGACUCUGAAAGGCAAAGCCCCAUGGAAGCAGAUGUCCCUUCUCAACAGUUCUGAAUUCCAGCCUCAAAUUAGCACAGUUGCCAAGAGUCACAGUGACUCAUGCGUUCUUUCUUCAAACAACCCCCCUACCAAGGACCUUCUUUCAGCUCUGUUAGAACAAGGCAAUAAACUGCGUAAUGCCAUGGUGAUUUCUGCAAUGAAAUCAAGUCCAGAUACUAGCAUGUUGUUGGAAGAAGUUCAUCCUUCUAUAAAGGAAGAUUUUCUUAGAGCAUCAUCACAAAUCAAAGCCUUAUCUAGGAAUCAAGAUAAAGACCACAUUGAAGAUCACCUCCUCCCUCCAACUGAGAAACAUGACACAAAGGCUGAUACCAGAGCCAUACAGCUGCUGUUGGGCAGUGCUGAAUUGUCCCAAGGUCGCUAUUGGGAUGGCCUAGGCUCUCCUCCAGAUUCCCCAUCUCCUGGGAGUGAUGUGUAUUGCAGCAGUGAGCCCAGCGACCCUCAGUAUGACCAGAGUCUCCUGGAGAACUUAUUUUAUACAGCACCUAAAUCUGAUACCAGCGUCAGUGAUAUCUUCAGUGAAGAUGAUGAUGUCCCUUCUAAAACAAUGAGCCAGUCAAAAGCUCUUGCCAGAUCUCCUAAGGUUCUAGAGUCAAAUGAUCAUAAGUCGAAGAAGGAGAUGGGUAAGAAAAAUAGAAAUCUUGUUGAACAGCAGAUGCUAUCAAAAACUCCAGAAGAUGCCCAAGUGAUGACAUUAAGUGUGGAUAAACUGGCCCUUCUGGGUAGAACACAUUCAGCCAGAAUCAUCAUUGAAACAAUGGGAGUUCCUCCAGAUGGUCCUCAGGAUACCUCUGGCAAAAAAACUUUUCCUGGGAGACCACCUAAGCUGACAUCAAAAAAGCGCACCUUCUUUGUGGAAUAUCACUUUCCUGUGGGCUUUUCCAAAAAUGGAUUGACAAAGACCACUUUGAUCACUGAGGUGGUUCGACUUGCAUCCAGUAAAAUUAUAGAUGGAGUGGUGAAAUUCCAGCAGAGAUCUGUGUUUCCAGUACAGUUUGGUGGCCCAAUGAUCAAACACUGGUGGAAUUCCAAUCUUACUUUCCAAAUUUACACAAAGAAAGCCCCACAGAAAAAGCCAGAAGUCAUUGGUUCUGCAUCACUUCCUUUACGAACUGUCAUUCAGUCUGAGCUGCUUUCUUUCAGUGACCAGCUUCCAGUACAACAGGAGAAUGGUCAGACUCCUCUUGGCCCCAUCAAGGUAACUGUGGAGCUUGUUUUAGAUAACAAGGAUUUCACUGGUGUCAAUACAGAGUUGAGUAGCAACACCCAACACACCCCACUUAGUGCUUUUGCAAAUCCAGAUAAGACACUGCCAGAAACUGUUCAAGAUGUUACUUGUACCAAAAAUCCACAGACCCUAAAUCAAACUUAUGAAGAAACUGUAAAGAAAAUGCAGAAUUUGAUGCUCCCCACCCCAAAGUCACCUAGCCAUUUUAUACCAAAUUCUUCAACCGUCAUGGCAGCGCCAGCCUCUCAUGAUUUGGUAAAUGAGAUGAAUGGGUCAACAGAAGAGAGUGCUUUGCUAUUGCAUGUGCUAUUGAUGGUGCCAGAUGGAAAAGAUUUCGUUAGUGGAGAAUCUGAGAAACAACCAUCAAGCAAUGUUUAUUUAAAUUGCAAACUCUUCAGCACAGAAGAAGUCACCAGAUCUGUCAUUGCAUGGGGCACAACAAAACCAGUCUUUAACUUUUCUCAGGUGAUUCCUGUCUCUCUGUCUUCCAAAUGUCUGGAAAGGCUUAAGAACAAUGUGAUGAUAAUUGAAACUUGGAACAAGGUGCGGAGCCCAGGACAGGACAAGCUUCUCGGGCUGGUGAAACUCCCCCUCCAUCAGUUUUACAUGUCAUUCAAAGAUCCCAAGGUUUCUCGCCUGCUGCUUGAUGCUCGGUAUCCAGUUGUUGCUGUCGACAGCUACAUGCCUGUGAUUGACGUGUUCUCAGGCCACCAAAAUGGGAGUCUUCGGGUCUUUUUAGCUAUGGGCUCUUCAGAUCAGAUAAUAGCACUACAAAGAUUAAAGAAUGAAGAAGGAACACUUACUCCCUUCAACCCCAGGCCAGCCCAUUUCCUGGACCAGCCGUCUAUAGCAUCUGUUGCUAUGGCAGGGGACCAUGGAAAUGGAUUGAUGGAGCACCACUUUGAACUCCUUGUAGACAAGGUUAAAGGGCUCGCCCCUCUUCAGGCCACAGUCUGGGGAGAAGCAGAUUGUUAUGUCCAGUACUACUUUCCAGUUCAAGACUCACAGUCCAGUGUGCUGAAAGGACCUGAGUUCCUUGAAAAUGGAAUCACCCUGAAGCCUUUUAGAUCUGCAGCCACGCUCUGUGUUCCAGACCCCGUCUUUAACAGUGGACACCAUCACUCUCUCCUGUUGCCAGCUGAGGUUCCAGUGCAAAGGCUCCUGCUUAGCGCCUUCUCUGCACAUGGGCUUGUCCCUGGAGGUGGAGUCCAGUUUGAAAUCUGGUGCAGAUACUAUUAUCCUAAUGUGAGAGACCAGAUGGUCGCCAAAGGAACCUUGCCAUUAUCGAGGAUCUGUGCCUUGGUAACCAUGCAGCACCGUGAGGAUGGGGGCAUACAGACCUUUAAUCUCCCUUUAACCCCCAGGCUUGAGAAUAGGAAAGAACUGAGGAACCAGUCAUCAGGUUUACUGGAUGUGGGCCUAAGGUACAGGCGUACUCCAAGGACAGCAGAGGGAGUUCUCGCUGCCCGAACUGUCUCCAUCUCAGUCCAGAUUAUCAGAGCCUGUGGUUUACAAGCAGCAGCCAAGGCUUUGGCUGAGCAGGAACCUGCUCUGCAGUUUAGUGCCACAGUCGGGGUCAAUGCCUUUGUCACCACUCAUCUGUCCUUCCUGCCCAAGGGAGAACAGCGCCAAACCCGCCCUGUGGCCUGUUCCUUCUGCCCCGAGUUCUCCCAUCACAGUGAGUUCUCAUGUAACUUGGUAACUCAGCACUGCAGUGGAGAAGCCUGUUUCCUGGCAGAGCUGUUAGAGUUUGCAGAAGUUACUUUUGCUGUUUAUCAUGAAGAUACCAAGUCAGCCAGUGAUAUAACCAGUAUCCACUCAUUCAGAGAUUACCUGCUUGGAGUAGUAAAGAUUCCAACAAAAGAUCUGCUGAUGAAGAGAUCUGGGAUCACAGGAUGGUAUCCUAUCGUUUUCCCAGAAGAGGGGGUCCUGCCUCAUGGCUUGGAACUCAUGCAGAAGAUUGUUGGUGGUCUGGAGCUUUCAGUCUCCUUCACCCAUCCUGGAGACAGAGAGCGGGUAUUGGAAGCUGCUAAGCUAUUGGGCUGGAGCUUUGAGAAUAAUCUGAAGGAUUUUGUCAAGAUGGAUGAAGAGGAGCCAGCCACUGUUACCAUCUCCACCCCGAGGCUCUGGCUGCCCAUCCAUUGUGUGCUGCUUGCCGGCCACAACCACAUUCACAAGAGUACAUAUUGCUACCUCCGCUACAAGCUAUAUGAUCACGAAGGCUUUUGGACCCCUCUCAAGAAGCCUAAGGAAUCUACAAACAAAAAGCAGGUCUUGGUUACUUUCAAGGCAUCCAAAAGAGCAGAAGUCACCAGGAGCCCAUCACUGCUUUGGUACUUCAGAGAGGAGAGGUUAGAGAUCCAGGUGUGGCGGGCUUACGGCAAUGAGAGUGUGGAGAGGCCCCACCAGACAGACAGCUGGAUUGGCUCAGCCUAUGUGGACUUGACCAGACUUGGGGAGAGGUCAGCAAGGACACUCACUGUCAGUGGUAUUUAUCCCCUAUUUGGACGAAACGCUUCCAACCUCUCGGGAGCUGCCUUGAGAGUUCAUGUGGUUCUUUCCUCUCUUUCUCCACACCCUGGGCCCACUCAUGAGCUGGACUCCAUGGACUGCAGCAGCCACAGUGAGUCUGAGCAGGUCCCCAGAGGAAUUGAUGAGAUCCAGCUCUCUCCACCACAUGGCCACCGGAAGUCUUCAGCCUCCACCCAGGUCCCCUGCAACAACACCACAGCUGAAGUCUGCGCAGCCCAGGAGGGACCUCCUGAGUCAGAUGGAACUUUCACAGUCAGCAUUCUGGUAGAGAGAGCAAUGCACUUAAGCUUGAAAGGGAGCCCCUUGACACAGCGGAAAGUAUCAGUACCCAGCUGUUGUGUAUCCUUUGUAACAGCUGAUGAGCCAUCUCCUGUCUACACCCAAGUGGUUGAAAACACAGAUUCCCCCAUCUGGAAUUUUCAACAGCAAUCAAGGCUUUCGAAAGAGCUUCUUUUGGACCCACAACAAACUCUGGUCUUCAAAGUUUGGCAUAAAGGAGAUGAGGAGAGGGUGAUUGGCUUUGCUUCUGUGGACCUCUCCCCACUUCUCUCUGGCUUCCAGUUUGUUUGUGGCUGGUACAACAUUACAGACUUCAGUGGAGAGUGCCAAGGGCAGAUAAAAGUUGCUAUCUCCCCUUUGGAGAGUUUGAUGCAUUUCAAAGAAGAAAGGCAAGCAAGACGUGAGGUGGAGAACCCAGGAUCACUGAUCCCAGUGUACAGGGCCUUCUCCUUCCCUGCCUCUGCUGUGUAUGCUGCAUUCCCUGGCCGCACUGUGGGACAGACUCCAGAACUGCCUGCUCACCCCUCAUCAAAGGAGGCUGAUUUCUCCUCUCCUGGGACAAGCGGUUCCACAAGAAGCCAGGCAUCGCGCCAUGAAGAGCAUGUGCAGAACAUCCGCCGAUUCCAUGAAUCCCUGCAGCAGGCAGAGGCAGUCUUGCCAGAUGCCGACAGACUGGCCGCAUCGCCCUUGUCCUCGCGCACCUCCAUUCUGACUUCUCUCAGGAGGAAUCUGAGUGAGCUAGAUCAAAUGCAGCGGUACUUCAAUCAGAAGCUCACCAAGCCUUUGCUUCCCCUCAGCCCUCAGAUGCACACUGCCAUCUUGCAGUGCCAGGAGAGUCAGACGGACCGUCUUCGGCCAGCAGCCAGCAGCCUAGACCCCGAGAGCCAGUGCAUCCUGGAGAAAUCCAAUAACCUUGUGUUGCAAGUCAGCUCCUUAAUCACGGAUCUGCAGACUCUCACCAGAAAUUCUCAAGGAUCUGUGAGUUCUCACCAAGCCAGGAGUAGAAGCAGAGAAGUCACCGCCCUCCCAGAUGCUCUGGACAGAGGGACCAUGCAAGAACGAAGCACAAGCCCAGACCUGCCAUUGGCAAGAGCUCCAGAUGAGAGCAGGAACUCCCCACCUCCCUCUGCUCUUAAAGAGACUUCAAGUGGAAGAGGAAAGCUUCAUGAGGCCCUGGAACACAGGAUACCCAUCACAAAAAUACAGAGCACUGAGGACACCGAGGCAGGCCUGGCCUUCAGUGACGAGGACUAUGAGGAAGACAUCAUUGAGCCCAGGACCCUCAAUGAGAUCACCACUGCGACAGACAAAACUAGCCCGUGGUCCAGUUUCAUGUCAGAUGCAAGUGAGGGCAGGAGCCCUCAGCCUGAUGAGGCCCAGAGGGAAGGCUUCUCUUGUCCUUCAGAGUCUUUCCCCAGAGAGGAGCUCAGGGUCAGAAGUAGCUUUCUGUCCAGCCCGGAAAGGAAUGUCGAUGCCCACUUCCAUAGGCAAGGUUCUCCGAGCCAAAGUACUGUGUCUUGUGAGGGUGUGGUGUCUAAGGCCAGGGUUGGAGAACCUGCCUCAGCAGACCCACAGUUCACCUCCCACAUGACCCUCUUAGGAGGCCAGCAGAGUGACACUUGUGUUGGGUGGCACUCACCAAAGGCAAACCAGGACCAGGGCCCCAAGCCACAGUCCCAGGCUAAGAAGGAAGUGGCCUCCGAUGAGCUAAGUGACUGUGCUGAUAGCUCCGAGAAACUCGCUCUGCAGCCAGCAUCCCAAAGCAGAAGGGAAAACCAUAAGGAACCACCCGUCACCUGCCCUGACAUCAGGCAGAAGCAGACAACCUCUGGGUCAGAGGUGUCCACGAGGCAGAGCCUCCUCCUCCCAGAGCCCGUUGUGGUCCCCAACUUCUUUCUACCUCCCCAGGAGUUGGAGGCCUCCCUGCGGAUGCUCUCCAUUUCCGCAGCUUUGCCACCACCCGCCACAACAGAUCAGGACAAGAGCAAGGCCACCAGAGGAUCCCUGUCCCAAAGGCCUUGUCGCCCCAGACCCAGCUCGCUGCCGCCCACCCUGCCUGAGGAAGAAACUCGCAGGAUUGCACGGAUAUUUUCUUCCCAGUUCUCCCAGAAGGACUAAUACAGCCCAAAAGACUGAGGGAAGGACGACCCGCCCACUCACCCUCAGCCUUGUCCGGCUUUCUUCAGGGCUGUGAGAGCCCUAAGACCACCACCAGCCUAGUCCCUGGACACCAGUCACCCCAGACUAGAGGAGCAUCCCAAACUGGGGCUGUGUCCACCUGCCAGGACUUAAGCUUCCUCCGAUGGUGAGGCAAAGGCGGGACACAGUGGAUUCCAAUGCCCAAGUGGCCCACCAUCUUUUGACGAGGGGACCCAAGCAGACAUCCUUCAGCUGGGAAGCUCCUCCCAGUGUCCUCAACAGAGCCUGCUGCUGACACAAGCCUACCCUCUCCCUGAAUAUGAUGGGCCCUUUUGCCUUUAAGGGUUGGGGAAGGUGGGUGGAGAGUUUGGGCAUCGG